GGCAGACAGACAGACCAGACCGCGGCCGCCACACAAUUCACAACUUGAAAAAAACAAAAAACAAUUAGUUAAAUGUACGGUACCUCCUCCAACUUUUGAAGAACAUCUGCAGCAGUCAUCUCUACCUCCUCUUCAUCACUAGAGAAUUCAUUUUCUAAGCUUUCGUCAAUUUCUUCAGACAUUUUGGUAGUUUUAUUUGACUUCUUGGUCUUGGUUUCGUUUGUGUUGCGUUGUCUCAACUUUCGCGCGAAUCUUUGCCCAAAGUGCAAGUGACCGUCAGAGGGCGCCUAGGCAGCUCGCAGUCUAAAAAGAUGGCAGCUUCCAUGAGAAGAAUUUUUGGUAAAAGUUUAGUUCCACAAAUUCAGCAGAAACUGUUGUCACCAGCUUCUACUCCAUGGCGUACUGGAUGUAUCAAUCAGAAGAGCAUUCAACAUGGAGUGGUAUCACCACUGACCACUCCCAUUAGGGGUGUAACCCUUGCAUCCCUGAGGGGUAUUGCUUCUGCACCCCUCCACCAGUCCACUGCUAUUCAGGAGGAUCACUGGAGGAGCUCUGAACUCUCUCAAGUUUGCUCCAGGCUGACUGGGCUAAAUCUCCAGGCUCCAGCUCCUAAUGUUGCUAGAGGUCAGAUCCAGGGAAGGUCCUUCUCAAGCUUGAUAUGUAGCAGGUACACCGGGGGAUUUAGCUACAACGAAAUUAUAAACCAGAAAUUUGUGAAACCUCAAGUAUUUAACCAUCAACCCAAUAGGACAGUGAUACGAUUCAGUAAAAACAAAGGCAAGAAGAAGACAGUUCAUGCAGUGAUUGAUAGAUUCUAUAGACUUGACAAUGGUUUGUGGGUGAGGACGCAAGCAGGCAGGGCUAAGAAGCUUUGGAAGAAAUCACCUCGACGCAGGCAUCGACUGAAGCAACACAUCUUCUGCAACAAGACUCAGUCCAAGAUGCUCGACAGGAUGGUGUCUGGUUAUUGGAAAAAGAGGCGCCAUUAUCUUGAUGACCCCUUUGAACAGUAUCAUGAUCGGCACUUUGAUGUUAUCCCUCCGGGCAGUAACGUCAAAGAACAAUAGAGACUUGUCGAGACUUGAGAGAGAUUGUUUAUCAGGGUGUAGGAAGUGGAUUGGAAAUCUUGUAUCAUCACUUCAAGAAGCCUUUGAACAGUAUCACCCAGAGGCAAUUCAGUGACUUGCUGCAUAACUAGUGUAAGCCUCAAAGUUAAAGAGGUUAAUUAUACCAAUAGAAUGGAUGGAGGAUGAUAAUCUGAUGUGAUCUCCUAUUUGACCUCAGGGCUUUGAGGACUUAGGAGCAGUAUCAUGAGCGGCACUUUAGCGUUGACCUCCUUGCAAAUGAGCCUUGAGGGACACCAAGUCAGAAGAUAUGCAAAGUGAUUGUUUAGAAAUAGGGACUGGUAUGAAUGUGAUUCAAUAGGAAGGUCUUCACACAUGUACUUGUUGUAUGUAAUUAUGAGGAAUAACCACAGUUGUUGCAUGUCAUAACACAUGCACGCCACUUAACUUGAAAAUGGUCUAAACUCGUAGGGUGGUGUUCUGAUAACUAUGGUUUAGUUAAACCUUGGUAAACUAGGAUCAGUUGCCAGUUGUCAACUUAUUCAUCAAUUAAUAUUAUUGUCCUGCUGCAAAAAGUUGUCAAAAAUUGAGUCGUGAAAUGGAAAGGAUAUAAAAAUAUCAAAAUAUAAUGAAUUUUACGGUACAUCGUAAUUUCUGUGAAUAUGGAAAAAUUGUUAUGAAGCUAGCAUUCCAUAGAGGUAUGGUUUAAAAUUCUAGUUUCGACUAGGGUUAAACCAAGGUUUUAUUAGAAUACCACCCAUAUUAAUUACAUGUAAAGACCAGUUUGAAAUUUCACCUUAGAUGGGUCCUACAUUUCUUAUAUUUGGGCAAUGCAACACAAAUGCAUACAAUCAAUUAAAAAAAAACAUUAACGUUUAAUCAAGACCAUUGUAGCAUUCAUAUUUUGUUGAUUAAGAUCACUUAAUUUUUUGUGAUGGGCGCUAGUAUGGCAGUUUCCUAUAAUUAAUAAUCAAUAUCAAAGAAGAUUAACACAGAAUCCAAGUAUUACGAAGAUAAAAAUAUGUUUUUGUGACAUAAGUCAGCUAUGAUGGCUAUCAAUAAGGUUUUUCUUUUUUUACUCCCCCAAACAAGUAUUAAUAAGCAAGUGAUAUAUGAUUAAACAAGAUGAUUUUCAUGGUGAAAAGAUGGCACUUGGUGAUAUGUCCACAGUAUCCUUGUAUCAGGAAUAGCCAUCCUGAGUUGCAAAACAACCUCUGUAAGGAUAACAAAUUCAUAUUUUGUUCAAAGUAUAAUGUAAUUUAGAAAUUUACAAUACAAAAAUGAAAGUGGAA